GUGGGUAAGAAGGGAAAGAGAAACGUGUCUGUGGGAGCGAGCCAUUUGCCCCUCCGGAGGAGCGCGGCGGCAGGCCUGCCCCUGCCCGGCCUCGCAGGCGAGAGGAUGCCCCCCGUGCCCGCUCCGGGGGAACAGGGACCCGCUGGAUCUUUCGGUUUCUACGUUGGAGCGGGGAGCUGGCAAUGCUCGGGGGGUGGGGCCCAGGUUGGCCCGGCCGGUCCUGUUCCUCUGCAGGUUGGGGAGCAGGAUUUGAAUUCGGAGCCGUCGGGGGGAGGAGGAGGAUCGGAACGCCAACUAGAUUUCAUGACUUCAGGAACUUCGGCAUCCUGGGGGUGUUUUGAAUUCCAGAAAGCAGAAUCAGAUCUGGAUUACAUUCAGCAUAAACUGGAAUUUGAAAUUAUGAAAAGCCUUCCACACAGCCCUUCUGGAGAGGAAAAUCCAGUUACGCUUUUAGAGGAAUUGUCAGAGGUGAAGUCUCGUUAUAAAGCUCUGUGUGCCCAAUUGGAACAAGUUGCUAAAGAACAAAAAGAAUCUAUGACCUCCAUCUGUACCACUUUGGAUACCACUAUGAAAAUGGUACAGCAGCUACAGCAGCAAACGAAUAUGGAGCUGUCUCCUCUGGAUGAAGAAGAGCAGUCCGCAUUACAGAAGUUAAGAACCCACUUAACACAUCAGGCUUCUAAAGGAACAGACUUGCACAAGGCAAUCGUAACAUAAUUUUUUGCACGAAUGUUUUUGUCUGUGGAUUAAUUCUUUGUAAUUUAAACAAACUGUAAUGCAUUUCUUUGGAACCUGCUGAGUCCCACAAAAUACCUACCCUGGAAGUAGCACCUUACGUGGGGGUGAUUCAUUUUUCAAAAAUAAAAAGUGUCACCAUCCUA